GCUCCCCCUCCCGCGUCAGUCGGCCGCCCCUACAACUCUACCCCGCUGCUUACUAUGGCCUUCCACAACCCGAGCAAAACAAACCAAUAAAACAGCAAUGGUAACCGACAAUACCGUCGUCCUACGGCUCGCUCAGAGCCCCAUCUAAUGAAACACCAAUAAUUUCCUUCGAGAGAAUUUUGGCACUUGACUCGCGUUUGUAUGGGCCCUCUCAGAUUAAAGUGAUUUGCUAGCUGCGUAACGUUAUAGUGCUCCAUCCCACCCUUCCCUGUCUCUGACUGACUCAAUCGUGAUGACAGAACCACACAGCCCUAUCUCAGCCUCCGUCCCCCAGACACCCCCAGGCAUCAUCAUGCCCCCAGCCGAUGGCAGCGGCACAGUGGUGGAGAUGGACCCUGUGGAGUACACCCUCCGCAAGCGUCUCCCCAGGAAGCUGCCCAAGCGCCGCAACGACGUGUACGUCAACAUGAAGACAGACUUCCGGGCCCAGCUGGCCCGCUGCCAGAAGCUCCUGGAGGGAGGAGGCCACAGGGAGAUCUGCGUCCAUGGUCUGGGCCUGGCCAUCAACAGGGCCAUCAACAUCGCCCUGCAGCUCCAGGCCAGCAGCCAGGGGGCGCUACAGCUGGCGGCCAACACGUCUACAGUGGAGCUGGUGGACGAUCUGGAGCCUGAGGACCCGGACGAGGUGGGGGAACCCAUGACACGCACCCGGAAUAAUUCGGCUAUUCAUAUCAAAGUGUUCUACCCAGACCCACAGUGAACCGAAACACAUCGCCAUCAGUCCAGGCUCGGUUAUGGCUAGCUACCUCCAUUGUCAUGGUGUCUGUAAUAUCAUAGUAAUGGAGGCUAGUCAUACUAGGGGUAUCUCACCUGGUCAAUCCCACCGGCUAUCCUAACCCUCUGCGGUGGCUAAGAUCCUGUUAUCCAGAUGUGAGGAAUAAUUAGAAGUAUCUAUGAACUGAGCUAAUUUCAGAGCUUUUGGAAGUUCUUUCUCAGCUUUGUCAUUUUGUUAUGCAUGUCAGUCAUAGCAGUGUAUUUGUUAGUAUCAAGAUGUGGUGUUUCAUGCCAUCAUUUCCAAUCCUUCAAUGUCUGAAAAAAACUCCCAUAGGAAAUGGGACAGACCACACUAAGGCUGCGUUUACACAGGCAGCCCAAUUCUGAUCUUUUUUCCACUAAUGGGUCUUUUGACCAAUCACAUCAGA